GGCGUUGACUAAUGUUGACGAGUGCCAAGAAGUGGUCGCGUGUGUAUGUCGCGCGCUAAUCGUGUCGAUGUCUCCUCGCGUCCCGGAUAUUGUGAUAAGAUAACAUUGAUAAGAACCAAGAACACCAAAUUAUAGACAGCUGCGAACUUUGGCUCUACACCAAUCCUGUUUUGCCAUGGUCGGCGUUUGGUUGCAAGUCGCUUGGGUCACUGCUUUGGCCAGCAUUGUCGCUGCUCAAGAUCUAGGCGAUGGAGAAUUGAUAUAUCGUUGUCCCCAGUACUGGAUCAGGCACCAAGAGUCAUGCUAUAGAUUCAUAAAGAGUCCCUUGAGGGCUCGGGCAGAAGCUCGCAAGAACUGUCAGGCCUAUCAGAGCGACCUUGUUAGCGUCGAUUCUCUUGAGGAGCAUGGGUUCCUCAUGUACCAGUUGCAGUGGCAGGAUCCGCAACAUCGACGUUGGUACACAGGUAUCAGGCAGCAGGGUGGCUACUGGUCUAACGAACCGGAUGGAAGCCAGCUGGUCAACAUGGAUAAUGCGUUCCUACCCGAGCCCUUGGAUAAUGUGCAAGGGAAGGACUACUUGGUUUAUACAUUCAGUAAUAGCCUGAAAAGAUGGGGAUUCGAGAAGGUUACCGGCAGAGAGGAGCUUCUCUACAUAUGCGAAGCUUCUGUUGUCAGCAUGCACAAUUUAGUUCAGGACGACCGUACCUACCAGUACGGCAUCGAGAUAAACAAUCCCCUGAGAGUGCCGCGCGGUCCUUACUUCAUUAAGCAACCGAUCGACACGGUAUUUGACAUGUCCAAAAGGAGGCUAACCAACGACGUUACCCUAAGCUGCUUGGCUGGUGGAUACCCGACUCCUACUUACGAGUGGUUUAAAGAGAUCUAUGAGAAUGAUAGAUUGGUUGCUAAUAAGAUCAACCCUUUGGAAAACAGCCGAUACACCGUCAGCGGAGGAACUCUGAUUAUUUACGAACCCGAACAGAAAGGAGAUCGUGGAUCCUAUCAUUGCAAGGCGAGCAAUGAAUUUGGCACAAUUGUGUCAGAAAGUAUAGUGCUUUCUUUUGGAUACAUAUUAGAGUUUAAUCUGAAACGUUCCCAAGAGCAGGGCGAUCAAAAUUGGGGGAAAGCAAUCUAUUGCGAUCCUCCUCAACAUUUUCCUGGUGUCAAAUAUUAUUGGACUCGAGAUUACUUCCCCAACUUUGUUGAGGAGGACAAGCGUGUCUUUGUUUCCAACGACGGUGCCCUUUACUUUUCUGCGUUGGAAUCGAUAGACCAGGGAAAUUAUUCGUGUAAUGUACAAAGUGUCGCAUCAGAUACUGGGAGAAAUGGCCCUUUUUUCCCAGUUCGAGUCAAUCCUCACUCUACAUUCCAGCAGCUUACUUUCACCAACAACUUUCCCAAAGUCUAUCCCGAAGCUCCCGUAGCUGGAGAAGAAGUUCAGCUUGAAUGCAUCGCUUUUGGAUAUCCAGUUCCAUCUUAUAAUUGGACACGCAGAGGUGCUGACCUACCACGUAGUGCAGUUUAUUCCAACUAUAACCGUGUCCUAAUCAUUCCACGAGUCCAAGUAGAAGACCAAGGAGAGUAUGUUUGCAGGGCAUCGAACAACAGAGCCUCGAUAGAAAAUUCAGUUUAUUUAACCAUACAAGCUGCCCCAAACUUUACAAUUCCACUGGUAGACAAACACGUGGAUAACAGGGGUGAUUUAACGUGGACAUGCGAAGCAUUUGGCAUUCCUGACGUUAGUUACAAGUGGUUCAGGAACGGUGAAAUAUUAGAUAUGUAUACACUGCCGCCUGAGGAUAGAGAUCGAUACACGAUACAGGACAACGUACUUUCGAUAAGGAAUCUCAAUCCUGAGAGAGACCAGGCGAUGUAUCAAUGUCGAGCGAGAAAUCAGCUUAGAACAAAGUAUUCUUCAGGUCAAUUACGAGUAUUGUCGCUGAAGCCGUCUUUCAAAAAGAGGCCCAUGGAGUCAGAAACAUAUGCCGCAGACGGUGGGAAUGUAACGAUAGUGUGCAACCCUGAGGCUGCGCCACGACCAAAGUUUGUAUGGAAAAAAGAUGGGAAUGUUAUUGGUUCUGGGGGAAGAAGGCGUAUGCUUGAAAAUGGAAACCUAAUAGUAAGUCCAGUUUCACGCGACGACGAGGGCAUGUACACCUGCAUAGCCUCGAACGAGUAUGGAACAGACGAAACCCGGGGAAGAGUCAUUGUGCUUCGUGGCCCGAGAUUUAUUGAGAGUCUGUAUCCCCGUACAAUUACUGCUGUGAUGCGGAACCUGACGUUAUACUGUCGCGCCGAGACCGAGGAAAUCUUAGACGUUGCUUAUAUAUGGACGCACAAUGGGCUACGAAUAAGAGACAGAGAUCUGAUAAGUAAUCCACGGCUACAAAUCGAUGCCGGGCUUCUUAAUCUAAUAAACGUGACUUUCGCCGAUGCCGGUGACUAUGAAUGUAUAAUCAAGAGUGCAGUUGGAAGGAUAUCGAGCAGGACAAGCGUCGUUGUCGAAGGCCCGCCAGGUCCACCAGGAGGUGUCCAGGUCAUAAGUGUCGUAAAAACUUCGGUGACCCUUCAGUGGACUGACGGAGCAUUUAAUGGCAGACCUAUCACUAUGUAUAGUAUUGGCGCAAGGACGAAUUGGAAUCAAACAUGGUUUCUGCUAUCUGAAAACAUAACGGCCAUCGAGAUCGAUAGGUACAACGGGCGUAAAGAAGCGUUUCUUGAAAAUGUUCUCAACCCGCACACAGUCUAUGAAUUUCGCGUGUCAGCGAUAAAUGACCUAGGUAUUGGCGAUCCGUCGAGUUCGUCGCCUCAGUACAGCACACCGUCUGCCAAGCCGAGAAUGGCGCCGAUUAACGUAGCCGGCGGUGGCGGUAAAAUCGGGGAUCUGACGAUAACUUGGACGCCGUUGAAAUUGUCGGAGCAAAACGGUCCCGGAAUAUAUUACAAGAUUUAUUGGCGUCGGAAAUUCCACGAAAUAGAAUUCCAGUCUCUUGCGCUCAAUGAAUACGGGAACACGAAUAUGGCGGUUGUGCACAUUCCUUCGGAAUAUUACUACACAGAGUACGAGGUGCAAGUUCAAGCCGUGAACGAUGUUGGUUUUGGACCGCUUUCCGAACUCGUGACAAUAUUCAGUGCCGAAAAGAUGCCGCUCGUCGCUCCGCAGCAGGUUUCCGCGAGAAGUUACAACAGCACAAGUCUGAACGUCACCUGGCUGCCAAUUGAAGAAACGCGAGAACGAGUCCAUGGUAAAUUGAUAGGUCACAGGCUCAAGUACUGGAAAAAAGACAAUGCGGAGGAGGAUGCUGUGUAUUAUCUGUCGCGUUCGAAGCGACCUUGGGCCCUGGUUGUUGGCUUGCAGCCUGACACCUAUUAUUUCGUCAAAGUAAUGGUGUAUAAUUCCGCUGGUGAAGGGCCAGAGAGCGAACGUUAUCUAGAAAGAACGUACCGCAAAGCGCCGCAAAAUCCUCCCUCAUCUGUGAACGUUUAUGGCAUCAAUCCGUCCAGUGUUAAAGUAGUUUGGCGUUACGUUCAGCCAAGUUUGGCGGAAGAACCAUUAAUUGGAUACAAAAUCCGUGUGUGGGAAGUUGACCAAGACAUGAGUACGGCCAACGAUACGAUAGUUCCGGUCGGUUCGGCACUCGAAGGAUAUAUAACAAAUCUUAGUCCCGGAAAAGCUUACCACAUGCGAGUGUUGGCGUUCAGCAAUGGAGGCGAUGGACGGAUGUCCAGUCCUGAGCACACUUUCCAAAUGGGAGACCCAGAUACGUUUAGGAGCUCGGCAAGCAAAAAGAUUCUUAAUACUGGUCUUGGUGUGGCAUUGUUGCUUCUACUAAGAUUAAUCAAUUACAUAUAGUAACUUGUUUUUUCUAAGGUACCUCGAAACAGGCUUGAACUUUGAGGUGUUGCCAAUUUUUUACUCUCAUCAAAUAUAGUUGACAGUUCAAAGUUAUCUCGUAGCCGUCCACAGACAUCGUUAAUCGGCUAUUAAAUGUUGACGGCAGCUAUUGAACGUAAACAAAAUUAAAACGAAAAAGGUGAACAAAUGUUAAGAUCAUCAGUGGAGUCACAGGCUGUCUGUUAAUUAUCAUUAGGUAUCAAACGUGUAGCAAACGAUAAUUGUUACUUUUCAAUCUGUUACAAAAGUGUGACGAGGUGAUUUUCCAUUGAUGCUUCGACUACAACUUGUAGAUCUGACUCAUGAUUGUUGUAAAGUAUAUCCGAAAGAUAUUUUGAAUCAAGCCUU